CAUAUUUUUCAAUCAAACGCACCGCAUAUGUUUACAUUCAGCUGACAAAAUAGACAAAAUAAGUCUGGAAAAGUACCUUGCGUUUCUAAUACAAUUUCAGUACACGCGAACAAAGUAAUGAGUGCUGAAACCAAUGGACAAGUUGGUGACCCAAGUACCAGUAGUAGUGAGUCCUCUUCAUCAAAAUCAUUUGAACCUCAUUCUCUGAAGUUUCCAAAACAUACACCGACUGAUGCUGAUGAUACGUUUAAAAGUCUCGCUGACACGUACUACCAGCGAACGCUUCAGGGAAGGAAGGAGAUAUCGGCACCGUACAAACAGGCGAGCUAUCCAAUAGAGCAGAGGGAGGACAGUCAGUACUUUGAACGACAGUUAAGCACAAGAGCAGCUCCUUUAAUUGCGGAAACCCUCAGCCCAGUCCAUGAUGAUCCUGUUUCCGGGAGUUUUCGGCUUGCCAGUGGCUCAGACAGGGACAAUGGGCAUCCACACCUUGAACGCUUUCCUAGUCAGAUUGAGGAUGAAUUUGACGAAAUAGCAGAAGUGUUGGAAGAGUAUGACAAUGCUCCCCUCUUCCAGAGGAUUCAUAUCAGUGGGGAAGACACUGCUGGAAUUCAUACUGUUGGUCCGGUUCCCCAAAAGGACCUUGAACUGGCCUCUCAGAGUCUAGUGAAGGCUUUGAUGAUUCGUGAGAAGUAUAUGGCAAUGGCUCAGCAGACGUUCCCGAAGAUAACAGCGAGAUUUCUACAGUGUCUGGAGGAUAAAGAGGAGUUCCAGGGACUUACUGAGGGGAUGAACUUGGCUGAUAAAAAAGUUCUAGAAGAAAUGAAACGACAGUCAGAGCACCCGAUUAAUGCCCCACCCAUGAGUGGCGACCCUUUCCAGACUGAGUUUCCAGACAGUGUGGGCUGUGCCUUGAAGAUGAAGGCAGGUGUUGUACAUGUUUACAAGAAUGAAGAAAUGCUUGAGAAAGAUCAGCCCCUCGACUGGCCAUACUAUGACGUGAAGUCAUUCCUGAAUGACCAGAAUAUCAUGUACUGUUUCAUUAUGGAUGGUCCUUUGAAAUCAUUUUGUUUUCGGAGAUUGAGUUAUCUAUCUGCCAAGUUUCAGCUACAUGUAUUGCUAAAUGAACUGAAGGAAUCGGCUGCCCAGAAGGCUGUACCACACAGAGACUUCUACAAUAUCAGAAAGGUUGACACGCAUGUUCAUGCGUCUUCUUGUAUGAACCAAAAGCAUUUGUUACGCUUUAUAAAGAAGAAAAGGACAAGUCCUGAUGAAAAGUGUGAAAAAGACAAAAGUGGAAAAGUGAUGACACUGAAAGAGGUUUUCCAAAGUAUUAAUCUAGAGCCAUAUGAUCUGAGUGUGGAUCUGUUAGAUGUACAUGCGGACAGGAAUACGUUCCAUAGAUUUGACAAGUUCAAUGCCAAGUAUAACCCUAUAGGUGAGAGUAGACUCAGGGAGAUAUUCAUCAAGACGGACAAUUACAUCAAUGGAAAAUACUAUGCUCAAGUAAUGAAGGAGGUGAUGCAGGACCUGGAAGAGAGCAAGUAUCAGAAUGCCGAGCUACGUCUGUCUAUAUACGGAAAGUCACAUGACGAAUGGGACAAACUGGCAAAAUGGGCCGUCGACAACAAGGUGUACUCGGACAGAGUCCGAUGGCUCAUACAAAUUCCUCGCCUCUAUGAUGUCUACAGGACAAACAAACUGGUGAACAACUUUCAGGACCUACUGGAGAAUAUCUUCUUGCCCUUGUUUGAGGUCACGAAUGAUCCCAAAUCUCACCCAGAGCUACAUGCCUUCUUACAACAUGUGACCGGAUUGGACUCGGUUGAUGAUGAGUCAAAGACUGAACAUAUCAGGUUUGAUUUUGACACCCCAAUGCCAGAUAAAUGGACACAAGUUGAGAACCCACCAUACAGUUAUUAUAUCUACUUCAUGUAUGCAAAUCUCGUGGUCCUUAACCAUUUCAGAAGAGAGCGAGGAUUGAACACACUGGUUUUGCGACCACAUUGUGGGGAAGCUGGUAAUGUAACCCAUCUUGUAGCAGCUUUCAUGUUUGCUGAGAACAUAUCACAUGGUUUGAUGCUUAGAAAGGUUCCAGUAUUACAGUACCUGUACUACCUGUCACAGAUUGGUUUGGCCAUGUCACCUUUGAGUAACAACUCAUUGUUCCUCAACUACCACAGGAAUCCACUGCCAGAAUAUUUUGCCAGAGGACUCAAUGUCUCACUCUCUACGGAUGAUCCAUUGCAGUUUCAUUUCACUAAGGAAGCCUUGAUGGAAGAAUACAGUAUAGCAGCUCAGGUAUGGAAACUAUCAACGUGUGACAUGUGUGAAAUUGCCAGGAACAGUGUAGUGCAGAGUGGCUUUCCACAUGAGGUUAAACAGCAUUGGUUGGGACUGAACUACACAAAAGAGGGGGUAUUGGGUAACGAUGUGAGCCGUACAAAUAUUCCCGAUAUUCGAUCAUCAUACAGAUACGAAACAUUGGUAGACGAGCUGAAAUGUAUCUGCCGAGGUGCUGUCACAUUCAAUAUGUCUUCCUCUAAAAGUUCACUAAAGAAUUAGGGUGACAGUAGGUUGAAAAGCCAUCAAUGUCACCGGUGAUAUGUGUAGAAUUAUUAUGUUAAACACCUUUAUAUACCAAAGUAUUUAAAUGUUAUGGAUCUUUUUAUAUGGCAGUAAAAACUAAUGUUGCUAGCCUAAGUAAGGCGAAAUUGUAGAUGAGCACACUUGUGUAAAAACCAAUGUUAGGGCUUUGGGACUAGAAUGAAUCCAGACUCUUAAUACCAGUUACAUGUUAGUGCUGAAAUUGAUAAACUAACAGUAUGGAUGUGAUUGAUCUGGAUCCUUGCUGGUCCCAAAGCCAUUCUGUUGGUGUUUCCAUAGCAGCACUCGAAUAUAUAAUCAGAUAUAAUUUACUUGAUUUUUUUAAGAGUAAAAAAUGGUCUAGUAAAAGAAUUAUUAAUAAAUGAAUAUUGAAUCAUUUCGAGAUGUUUUGUUAAAAAUUGUGUUGAAAAAAGGAAUUAGAAAAAAGCUUUUAUAUAAAAAAGAUUAGAAUCAAUUGUUUCUGUUCCAUAGAGGUAUAAUUUAAACAUCACCACUUGAAGCAUUUGGUGCUGCCAGAAUUUCUGGUAUUUGAAAAAUGAAAAUGGGUUAAAUUUCAAAAAAAGAUACUUCAUUUUUAGCUCACCUGUCACAAAGUGACAAGGUGAGCUUUUGUGAUCGCGCGGUGUCCGUCGUCUGUCCGUGCGUGCGUCGUCCGUAAACUUUUGCUUGUGACCACUCUAGAGGUCACAUUUUUCAUGGGAUCUUUAUGAAAGUUGGUCAGAAUGUUCAUCUUGAUGAUAUCUAGGUCAAGUUCGAAACUGGGUCACGUGCCCUCAAAAACUAGGUCAGUAGGUCUAAAAAUAGAAAAACCUUGUGACCUCUCUAGAGGCCAUAUAUUUCAGAAGAUCUUUAUGAAAGUUGGUCAGAAUGUUCACCUUGAUGAUAUCUAGGUCAAGUUCGAAACUGGGUCACGUGCCCUCAAAAACUAGGUCAGUAGGUCUAAAAAUAGAAAAACCUUGUGACCUCUCUAGAGGCCAUAUAUUUCACAAGAUCUUCAUGAAAAUUGGUCAGAACGUUCACCUUGAUGAUAUCUAGGUCAAGUUCGAAACUGGGUCACGUGCCAUCAAAAACUAGGUCAGUAGGUCAAAUAAUAGAAAAACCUUGUGACCUCUGUAAAGGCCAUAUUUUUCAUGGGAUCUGUAUGAAAAUUGGUCUGAGUGUUCAUCUUGAUGAUAUCAAGGUCAAGUUCAAAACUGGGUCAUGUGCGGUCAAAAACUAGUUCAGUAGGUCUAAAAAUAGAAAAACCUUGUGACCUCUCUAGAGGCCAUAUAUUUCAUGAGAUCUUCAUGAAAAUUGGUCAGAAUGUUCAGCUUGAUGAUAUCUAGGUCAAGUUCGAAAGUGGGUCACGUGCCUUCAAAAACUAGGUCAGUAGGUCAAAUAAUAGAAAAACCUUGUGACCUCUCUAGAGGCCAUAUUUUUCAUGGGAUCUGUAUGAAAGUUGGUCUGAAUGUUCAUCUUGAUGAUAUCUAGGUCAAGUUUGAAACUGGGUCAACUGCGAUCAAAAACUAGGUCAGUAGGUCUAAAAAUAGAAAAACCUUGUGACCUCUCUAGAGGCCAUACUUGUGAAUGGAUCUUCAUGAAAAUUGGUCAGAAUGUUAACUUUGAUGAUAUCUAGGUCAAGUUUGAAACUGGGUCACGUGCCUUAAAAACUAGGUCAGUAGGUCAAAUAAUAAAAAAAACCUUGUGACCUCUCUAGAGGCCAUAUUUUUCAAUGGAUCUUCAUGAAAAUUGAUCUGAGUGUUCACCUUGAUGAUAUCUAGGUCAGUUUCGAAACCGGGUCACGUGCAGUCAAAAACUAGGCCAGUAGGUAUAAAAAUAGAAAAACCUUGUGACCUCUCUAGAGGCUAUAUUUUUCAUGAGAAAAUUAGUGAGAAUGUUCACCUUGAUGAUAUCUAGGUAAAGUUCAAAACAGGGUCACAUACCUUCGAAAACUAGGUCAAUAGGUCAAAUAAUAGAAAAACCUUGUUACCUCUCUAGAGACCAUAUUUUUCAAUGGAUCUUCAUGAAAAUUGGUCAGAAUUUUUAUCUUGAUAAUACCUAGGUCAAGUUCAAAACUAAGUCACUAUGUCAAAUAAUAGAAAAAACUACGUCAUACUCAAAACUGGGUCAUGUGGGAAGAGGUGAGCGAUUCAGGACCAUCAUGGUCCUCUUGUUUAAAAUGUGCAUUGAAAGAUAGUUAGCUUCUUGGAUCUUGUUAAAGAUAAACAGUUAAAAUUAAUUUGUUUUUAUGUUCGGUUUGUUUCCAAGUUUUCAUAGGAAUUGUAGGAUUAGCUAGUUUAUGUACAUGAGUGAGUUUUGUUUGUGAGAUAAUUACUGUAUAAAUUAUUUUCAGAUCAAAAUAUUGUUAAUAGUUUUUACGCUGCCCGAAUGCAGAAGCAUCAUGUAUCCAGUGCUUCGUCAGUCUGUCCCACUAUUCUUGUCCAGAGUAUUCCUUAGCAACCACUGUUUACAAUUAAAUGAAACUUCAGCAGAUGAAUUCUGCUUAGAAACUGUAACUGAAUAAUUUGAUUAAACGCCAAUUUCUAUACAAUGACAUAUUCAGUGGUGUUGUACAUAAUAAUAACAGUAAUAAUAACGACAAUAAUGAUAAUAACAAUUAUAACAGCCUUAUUUAAACAAAAGUCAUGACCGCACCCUUCCCCCUGAGGUCAUACUUAGGUGCUUUUAAAUAUGCAGUAACCAUGUUUUGGGGAGCAUUCAUUGGUUUUACCAAUAUUUUCUUGUUCAUUACAGAUUUGCCUUUUACAAAAUGUCAAAAACAAACUUUGCGCCAUCACAGAGAGCUUGAAAAUUAGUCGAUAGUAUCAUAAAUGACUGCAGUAUGAUUAGUUUUUCUUAUAUCAAACUUUCAGUUGAGAUUUGUUACCCAAGUUCCAGUAAUAACUUCUGAUGUGCAACUUCUCACAGAUAAAAAUGAUACAAAAAUGUUAACCAUCAUUCUCAUCCAUUAGAGAUUGAUCAUACACUCAAGAUGAACCUCUGAUUUACUUCUUACAUCAAUUUAGCAGCAGGUGCACUUGAUAUUACCAUCAGAAGUGUUUCCAGUUGAUAUUUUCUUAUAUUUGACUAGCACAUUUGAAAAUUCAAGCACAAAUCAAGAGAAAUAUUUGCUAGAAAUGUAUAAAGAUUAUGCAAAAUAUAGAUUUCUAACUACAGUCGUAGUGUUAUGUUAUGGUAAAGGAACAUUUUUGCUUCGCUAAAUUAUUUCAAUAUUAAGUUGUUUCUAUUAUGUCGAUGUUGUUGAUUUUGUAUAGAUUAGAAUAUUUAUUGUUGUUUUGUGAAGUGUGUGCUUGUAGUUAGGUAGAUAAAACAGCGUUUUAAUUAAUAGAACAGUAGUGUUUUACAUUUUAUUGUUGGUUUUUGUUGUUUAUCUGUCCUUUUUAUUGUAUUUGUUAAUCCCCCGCCGUGGCGGAGGGAUUAUAGGAAUGGUCUGCGUCCGUCCUUCCGUCCGUCUUUCCGUCCGUCCUUCCGUCCGUAACAAAAUCGUGUCUGGUCCAUAUCUCCUAAACCCCUUGAAGGAUUUUCAUGAAACUUGGGUCAAAUGAUCACCUCAUCAAGACGAUGUGCAGAACCCAUGAGACAGCCUUGUCGGUUCAAGGUCAAGGUCACAACUCAAGGUCAAAGGUUUGAGCCUGCCAUUUUGUGACCGCUCUAUAUCUCCUAAACCCCUUGAAGGAAUUUUAUAAAACUUGGGUCAAAUGAUCACCUCAUCAAGACGAUGUGCAGAACCCAUGAGUCAGCCAUGCCGGCUCAAGGUCAAGGUCACAACUCAAGGUCAAAGGUUUGAGCCUUCCAUUUUGUGUCCACUCUAUAUCUCUUAAACCCCUUGAAGGAAUUUUAUAAAACUUGGGUCAAACGAUCACCUCAUCAAGACGAUGUGCAGAACCCAUGAGUCAGUCAUGCCGGCUCAAGGUCAAGGUCACAACUUAGGGUCAAAGGUUGAACCUUCCAUUUUAUGUCCGCUCUAUAUCUCCUAAACGCCUUGAAGGAUUUUCAUCAAACUUGGGUCAAACGAUCACCUCAUCAAGGCGAUGUGCAGAACUUAUAAGUCAGCCAUGUCGGCUCAAGGUCAAGGUCACAACUGUAGGUCAAAGGUUUGAGCCUUCCAUUUCAUGUCCGCUCUAUAUCUCCUAAACCCCUUGAAGGAAUUUUAUAAAACUUGGGUCAAAUGAUAACCUAAUCAGAACGAUGUGCAGAAAUUAUGAGUCAACCAUGCCAGCUCAAGGUCAAGGUCACAACUAAGGGUCGAAGGUUUGAGCCUUCCAUUUGGUGUCCACUCUGUAUCUCCUUAACCCCUUGAAGGAUUUUCAUCAAACUUUGGUCAAAUGAUCACCUCAUCAAGAACUCAUGAGUCAGCCAUGUCAACUGAAGGUCAAGGUCACAAUUGAAGGUCAAAGGUUUCAGCUCUGUAUCUCCUAAACCCCUUGAAGGAUUUCCAUGAAACUUUGGUCAAAUGAUCACCUCAUCAAGACGUUGUGCAGAAUUCAUGAGUCAGCCAUGUCAGUUCAAGGUCAAGGUCACAGCUAAAAUCAAAGGUUUUACCCUUUCACUAUCCAUAGCAGUGGCGGGGGAUUUAGCUGUCUUUCAGACUGCCUUGUUUGAUAUGAUUUUCAAUGCAUCUGAUUGAUAUUUAUUAUACCCUCAGACACAAAGUGUUUGGGGGGCUUUAUUGGAGUCUGUCUGUCAGUCUGUCUGCAAUUUGUGUGUGCUUCAUGUAUAUUAAAUUGGGAAGAUUUUCAUGAAAUUAGGACCAAUUAUUUACCUCACUAGGUCCAAGGUCAAGGUUAGAUCUAGAGGUCAAAUAGUUAACUUUGUGAGCGGCUGCAUAUGGUUGAAACCUUUUGGAACAUUUUCAUAAUCUUAGGACCAGUUGUGUACUUUAUCAAGACUAUGUGUUGGGCACAUGACAACAGACACCAAGUCCAAUGUUAAGGUCACACACAAAGGUCAAAGAUAAACAAUCUUAAAUUUUUGUCAGCUCCACAUCUUUCCAACAGCUUGGAAGAUUUGCAUAAAACUGGGAUCACUUAUUUACCUGAAAAAGACUAUAUGCAUUUUCAUAAAACUGGCAUGAAUUUUUUACCACAUCAAGAUGACAUGCAUUGCACAUGACCAAGAUCACUAUUCAAGGUCAAGGUCACACUUGGUGGUCAACUACCUGAUAUUCUUGUCAGCUUCAUAUCUUCAGAACCCUGGUAUCAUUUUCAUAAAAGUAACAUCAGUUGUUAACCACAUCCAGAUGACAUGCAGAGUGCACAACCCAGGUCAAUAUAUCCAAGGUCAAGUACACACUUGGCAAAGAUCGGUAAGCUUGUGUCUGCUCCAUAUCUUCUUCAGCUCUGGACAGCUUGUUAUGAAACUAACACCAAUGGUAACCUCUUUAAUUCAACAGUCAGACUCCAUGACCAAGUUCACUAGUUAGAAGGUCAAAAGCACAUUUUACAACUGUCUGGGGGAUAUUAAUCACCUUUAGUGAUAGCUCUAGUUUUGCUUGAUUAUAAAAUUGUUUGCCAUUUUUGGACAACCUAUGUUGUGUUGAAUCAAACUGAAGCAUUUUUUUUAUUAGCUCACCUGAGCCAAAGGCUCAUGGUGAGCUUUUGUGACCGCUCAUUGUCCGUCGUCAGUCAUCCGUCGUGCGUCCGUCAACAUUUUAUAAAAAAAUCUUCUUCUUGAAAACCACUGGGCAGAAUUACAAACUUCACAGGAAUGAUCCUUGGGAGCCCCCCUUUCAAAAUUGUUCAAAGAAUUGAAUUCCAUGCUGAACUCUGGUUUCCAUGGCAACCGAAAGUAAAAACUUUAAAAAUCCUCUUGUCCAAAACCACAGGUCAUAGGGCUUUUAUAUUUGGUAUGUAGCAUCAUCUAGUGGUCCUCUACUAAGAUUGUUCAAAUUAUCCCCCUACGGUCAAAUAUGGCCCCGCCCUUUGGGUGACAUGGUUUACAUAUAUUUACAUAGGGAAAACUUUGAAAAUCUUCUUGUCCGAAACCACAAGGCGUGGAGCCUCAGUAUUUGGCAUGUGAUAUCAUCUAAUGAUCCUCUAUAAAGAUUGUUCAAAUAAUGCCCCUGGGGUGAAAAGAGGCCCCGCCCCAGGGGUCCCAAGUUUCACAUAGAUUUAUAUAGGAAAAAUCUUAAAAAAUCUUCUUGUCUGAAACCGUAAGACAUAGGCCUUUGAUAUUUGGUAUGUAGCAUUGCCUUGAGGUCUUCUACCAAAAUUGUUCAAAUUAUAUCCCUGGGGUGAAAAGAGACCAUGCCCAUACAUAGACUUAAAUAGGAAAAAAAAUUAAAAAUCUUCUUGUCUGAAACCACAAGACCUAUCCUUUGAUGUUUUAUAUGUAGCAUUGCCUUGUGGUCUUGUAACAAGAUUGUUCAAAUUAUGCCCCUGGGGUGAAAAGAGGCCCUGCCCCGGGGGUCCCAAGUUUUACAUAGACUUAAAAAAUAUUUUCCUAUAUAAGUCUUCUUGUCUGGAACUGUAAGCCCUUGGCUUUUGAUAUUUGGUAUGUUGCGUUGCCUAGUGGUCCACUGCCAAGAUUGUUCAAAUUAUACCCCAGGGGUUGAAAGAGGGCCUGCCCUUUGGGUCCCAAGUUUUACAUAGACUAACAUAGGAAAAAACUUUUAAUAAUCUUCAAGGCCUAGGCUUUUGAUAUUUAGUAUGUAGCAUUGUCUAGUGGCUCUCUAACAAGAUUAUUCAGAUUAUGCCCCCGGGGUGAAAAGAGGCCCCGCCUGAGGGUCACUUAGUUUUUAUAUGAGUUAUAUAGGAAAAAAUACUUCAAAAAUUAUCUGAUCAUAUUUCCUAGGCUGUUUAAUUAUAAUUACCAGAUGAACCCAAGUAAUUAGGGAUCAUUUGACCUUGACCUACUGACCUACUUUCUUGUUUCUUAAGAUACAGCCUUGAAAUUUGAAUUACAUAUCCAGUUUUGCACACGGAUCUUAAAACUAACUUUCAAUGACCAUGAAUGUGACCUACUGACCUACUUUCUUAAUAUUUUAGCAUCAGUUUUACAUUUGAAACAUGUAGCUCAUAUUACUCAGGUGAGCGAUCCAGGGUCAUCAUGACCCUCUUGUUAUUUUUGCCAUACAUGAUCAAAAGCUUUGUAUAAAUCAUAUAACAUUUUAUGUUUAACUUGCACUCCAGCAAAAGUGUAUAAAGUGUUUACAUCUACAUCUUUCACCCAACCGUCGAUUUCCGACUAUCACUGGGCGGUGUUUACAUGGAGCAUUGUAGGAUAUACAAACAAUUUUUGAAUGAUUUUUCAUUUUUUCACUGCAGAUUACAUGUAAUGCCAUUGUAUUUUUGGUCAGCUAGUCAUCUAAUAUUUUCAUAAGUCAUGCUUUUGGGAAACAAACAUUUUGGGAAUAAAACACUCUUUACUUUCAAAAUGGAAUCUUGAUUAAACUAUAAAGUAUUUGCCGUAAUCAUAAUACCAUAUGCACAAUCACAUUCAUGAAAUAUACUUCAGUAACACAUGUACUGUAAAAACAGAAAUUUUCUUUCCAUGUUUAAUUUUAGUUGUUUUGAUUAUGCAAAAAGGUACCGUAACUUACAAUCUUUAAUUAUCAUCACUAGGUGCCUUUUUGCAUUAACUUAACAAUGAGUUCAAGAAAAGUAUGACACUGCCUUAAUACUUUGUAUUGCUUGCAGGACUUAGUUUUGUUUUUGUUAGUGAAUUGUUCCAUUCAUUUCUUACCAUUGAAUACAAAUACUGGGUUUUUUUUCUGACAUAAACAAGAUAUUCAGUAUUUACAGUGGCACAACUGCAUCAUAUAAAUGUUACUUUGUAUAUACUGACAUUUACAUUUUUUAUUUGUAUUUUACUUUAUUUUCUCUGAUAUCAUAUGAGCCGUGCCAUGAGAAAAUCAACAUAGUGGGUUUGCGACCAGCAUGGAUCCAGACCAGCCUGCGCAUCCGCGCAGUCUGGUCAGGCUCCAUGCUGUUUGCUUUUAAAGCCUAUUGGAAUUGAAGAAACUGUUAGCGAACAGCAUGGAUCCUGACCAGACUGCGCAGAUGCGCAGGAUGGUCUGGAUCCAUGCUGGUCGCACACCCACUAUGUUGGUUUUCUCAUGGCACGGCUCAUAUAUAUAGUCUGAAGUUGUUAAGGUGCAGUAUGUUUGGUUGAUGCUUUUUAGUGACUUGCAGCUUUUUAUGUAAAAACAAGGGUAUCCCUAAAGUUAAAAGAGUUGCUUUGUGUUUUCACUUAUUAUGUAUGAAGUUUCAAAAAAUAUAUCACAGAAAAGUAAGAGACAAAUAUGUAUAUCUCAGAUUUGCUUUUGAAAAUCAUACCAAAAUUAACAUUACGCAUAGUUUUUAACUUAUACAUGUAUAUUUAAAAUACCGGUUUUUAAUUCCAAGUGUCAUAUAUACAUUUUUAGCAUACUGUGAGUACAUAAAGAUACUCAGAUUAUCAACCCUAUCUGUGAAAAAAGAAACUUUUAACUUUAAGUUAUAAAAUACAGCUGUUCAAAUGUGAUGACUAUUAUAUUCUUUAAUUUGUUCUUAUAUCCAUUUUGUUUUAUAUAGUUAUGCUAUUUAUUAAGCAUUCCAACACUUAAGUAUUAUCAAAAGACUUGUAUAUAUUGAAUAUAUCAGAUAUUGCCUUAAAAAUUUUAAGUGUUUAAACUUUUAUUACAAUUGUUAAUCUGCCACUUUUAUCUGACCAAGAUAGGCAAGAUUAAAACUGUAUUUGCUGUUACAAACAUACAAGAACAGAAACUUUUACUGCUAAGUAAAAUUUCUAAUUAUAGAAAAAUAAACUUGUAGCAAGAGUUUUUACAGAUUAUAAGUGUUUUAUAAUGGUAUCAAUUGUUUUCAUACAUGUAAAAAGACGACAUUUAAAGUACUGUUGAAGUUGUUGUUUCCCUAAAUGUUGAAAGGGAUCGAAAAACAGUCAUGAAGUAUUUGCACAAAUGUUAAAUGAUAAAAAGAAACAUAUACACAGGGAGUGUUUCCACACAUGUUGAAAUGGAAAAAGUAUUACAUAGACAAGAUUUUUCCUGUCAAUAGACAGGAAGUUUUUACACAUAUGAGCCACACCAUGAGAAAACCAACAUAGUGCAUUUGCGACCAGGAUGGAUCCAGACCAGCCUGCACAUCCGCGCAGUCUGGUCGGGAUAUAUGCUGUUUGCUUUCAAAGCCUAUUGUAGUUAGAAAAACUUUUAGCAGAUGUGCAGGCUGGUCUGAAUCCAUGCUGGUCGCAAAUGCACUAUGUUGGUUUUCUCAUGGUGCGGCUCAUAUGUGGCAAGGGCGGAAAACAUCCGGUACAGAGAAAAGGAAAACUUGCAGUUAAGUGACUUGCCUGUCUUACUUGCAGAAAGUGUUUCUGUAAAUGUUAAAAUGGAAAAGGAAAACACCCAGUUAAGAAUGCAAUCUGUCAUUGGACAUUAAUUUAUCCACCAGUUUACGAAAGAAAUCAUGCAGGCUAGCCAAAGAAAUCCAGCUUCUGAGAUGUGUAUAUACUGUUGCAUAUCUGAGCUAAAGCAAACGCCAUAUUUAAACCUAACUAGAAUUUGUGUCAGAAAUCUGUCACUAUAACACUAAAACUUCAUCUUUUCAAAUUCUAUGAAGUUGCCUUUUACUUCAGUAUAAUUCUAAUCCAUUUUCUCUUGAUACAAAAUUAUCCAUGCAACAAAAUUUUAAGGUCUAAAACAUCCACUAAGAUACUGUUGGUCUGUCCUGUCCUUUUGACAUGAAGCAGUUCCCAAAAUUUUAAAAGGAAAAUACACAGUUAAGACACUGUCCAGUAUUUCUGGCAGGAAAUGUUUCUAUAUGUGUUGAAAAGAAAAAUGAAAACACAAAGUUAAGAUACUAUUAUCCCAUUUGUUCAGUAGGAAGUGGCUUCACACAUUGUGCUAAGGGAAAAACAAAACACAUUGAGGAUGGCUGAAGUCUUGUAUGGUCUUUCACAUACUUCAUUGCUUGUUUUGUACAUGUCUGUUUUAUAGUGGAAAACACUAGAAGCAGGUUGUGAUAUUGCAUGUAAUAUAAACAUACUUGGAAAAGUUAUAUAAUAUUUAUUAUAAUUACAUAAUUAUAAUGUAUGAAAUAGGAUCUGAUGUUGACUUUAUAAAGCUCAUCAUAACGAAAGGUACCAUACAGUAUUUUUGAUGGUAGUGUAUGAUAUUUAGCUUCUCAGAUCAUAAUUAGUAUAGGCGGAUGGUCUGUUGUCAGUCUUCAGUAUUUAAACUAAAACAUCUCUGAAAAUAUUUGUAAGUACAAACUACAUGUAUGUCUCUAGUAUCUUUGCAUGAACCUGUCUCAAGGUAUAUAUAUAGUUCCACAUGAUCCCAGUGAGGGACCACCUGAGCUUAAAGUAGAAAAAAACUUAAGUCCUUCUCAGGAACUAUUUAUUUUGAUAUUAACAAAAAUUUUACCUCUAGGAUUUGUUCAAAUUUGAAUUCUUUUAAGGGGGCACCUUGAUUAAAAAAGACUUCAAAAGUACUUCUUAUCGUGAACCAUAUGAAGGUAGAUAUUUGACAUCCUGGCCUGCCAAAGUCAGUUGAGCAGCUUCUUGUUUAUAGAUUUCAGUUAUAUUAUACACAUAGAUACAUUGUGGUUCUUUGACGAUAACUGGUGUAUGAAAAGAAUGGGAACCACUGCCUUACCCUUGCAUGAUUGUUUGGUGGGAGACAUAUGUUUUUUUGUGAAAAAACAAUCUCUAAUAAUGAUAAGUUGUAGUUGUAGUAGUAUUGAAAAUUUAACAAUACAUCGCCUUAUGUUAAAAUACUUGUUAAGAUUUAAACAUCAGCGUAAUGGAAGACACAUUCUGUUACAUGCAGAUAAUAACUUCUAUUGGAUAAUCUCUGUAUAUGAUAUACUGGUAUAUAUCUGUUAUUUGAUGUCAAAAUUUAAAAAGCAGAGUGUGAUAUAUUCUGUUAACUUUUUACAGUUUAUUGAAAUGUAAAUAACUAUUAUUGCCAAAAUUAAAUUCUUUUUUUUCUGUUCAGAAUGACAGGCGUUUUCUGUUCAGAAUGACAGGCUUUGUUCAUUAUAAAACCAAACUUUGUCCCAUAUUCAUGUUAUAUCCCUAUAUAUAGUCAUCAACACAGUUAGGUGACUUUUAUUUUAUUUGUUUUAAAUUGUUAACAAAAUACCAAAGAUAAUUCAUUCACAAAAUUUAGGUGCAAUAUCAUCCUGUAGUCUGACUGUUUUGUCCAGUUCCUAUCACUUUGUAUAUAUAAGUGUGUUUUUACAUUUCAGUUUUACUUUACCACUGACUUACUGGUGUUCAUAGAGACAAUCCUUAGAUAUCAGAAAUGGAUCUUAUAGAUUCAGACAAAUGUUUAUGCUUGGUUCUUGUUUCUUGCCAAUCUGGGUGAAAUUAAAAUGAGUCUUGUUAAAAAAAUAACUUCAGAUGGAAACGAAAUACUUUUACUUAUUCUGUCACUUCCGGAAAGAAAGAAAAAAAACUUGUCUUUAUUUUUAUGCCCCCGAAGGGAGGCAUAUAGUUUUUGAACCGUCUGUCGGUCUGUCCGCAAUUUUCAUGUCCGGUCCAUAUCUUUGUCAUCCAUAGAUAGAUUUUCAAAUAACUUGGCAUGAAUGUGUACCACAGUAAGACGAUGUGUCGCGCGCAAGACCCAGGUCUGUAGCUCAAAGGUCAAGGUCACACUUAGACGUUAAAGGUCAUUUUUCAUGAUAGUGCAUUGAUAGGCGUGUCCGGUCCAUAUCUUUGUCAUCCAUGGAUGGAUUUUCAAGUAAUUAUGCAUAAAUGUGUGGCACAGUAAGACGGCCUGUCGCGCGCAAGACCCAGGUCUGUAGCUCAAAGCUCAAGGUCACACUUAGACGUUAAAGGUCAUAUUUUAUGAUAGUGCAUUGAUGGGCGUGUCCGGUCCUCACUUUGUCAUUCAUGCAUGGAUUUUAAAAUUAUUGGGCAUGAAUGUGUACCACAGUAAGACGACGUGUCGCGCGCAAGACCCAGGUCCGUAGCUCAAAAGUCAAGGUCACACUUAGACGUUAAAGGUCAUAUUUCGUGAUACUGCAAUGAUGGGCGUGUCCGGUCCAUAUCUUUGUCAUUCAUGCAUGGAUUUUAAAAUAACUACGCAUGAAUGUGUGGCACAGUAAGACAACGUGUCGCGCGCAAGACCCAGGUCCGUAGGUCAAAGGUCCUAAACUCUAACAUCAGCCAUAACUAUUCAUUCAAAGUGCCAUCGGGGGCAUGUGUCAUCCUAUGGAGACAGCUCUUGUUCUGUUUGUUUUCAGUCUUAGUAAGUUAAGGUUUUGAAUUCAAGGGAUCGAACCUUCAGAGCAAAGGCUUCUAUAGUGCUAAAAACAUGAAACACUAGACCUUGCCUUAUUAUAAAAUUAUGCUGACAAGGAUAUUAAGCUGAUAAUUAACUCAGAUGUAACCAGUGAGAUGUUUUUCUGACCAUGUUCUGAGCAUGUUAAAAUAAGUUAAAGUUGUUGAAUGUUUUAUUAAUUAUUAUACAAAAAUAGGAAAAAGUCAUAUGUGAUAUUUUGUUUCAGCAGACAUGUCAGUUUAAACAGGGAACAGAUAUCCCUCUCCCCUCUCCAUCUCCCAGGUUUAGAGGGUAAAUUACAUUACUUUUUAGAAACUGUGUCAACAAAGUCAAAUUUGAGCUCCAUUAGCCAAUUUAUUUUGAUGGUGGAAAUUUGGGAUAACCGUAAGAAAAAAAUAGCUUGUUAUGCAGCUUUCAAAUUUAAAGUAUAUUUAAAGUAUAUUUCAGGGUAUCAGUUUGAAUGGUCAGUUACUUAUCUGCAUUAUGUUGCAAUCAGAAAUUUUUUUUCUGUAAUAUGCAUGUACAUCCAUUCAGUUGUUACCUGCUCCAUGGUACAGUCCACACAUGUUCAACGAAAAGAACGAGAACUAUACAUCCUUUUGUUUACAUUUCUUUUUCAGAGAGGAAACAAAUGCUAAAAAUGAAAUGUGUAUGCGGAAUAUCUUAAAAUGUCAUGUCUCUUGUUUGCUUUUAUUUUGAGCAUGUAAUUUUAGCAAACACGAUUCAAAAUAAAGUAAUCCUAAAGUUUA